AUGUAUGAGGUUUCAAUUACCAAUACCUCAUAUAGAUACACCAAAAACAAUAAUUUUAAAGAUAAACAAAAUUAUGUAAAAAUUGUAGCUACCAGAAACAUCAACAUUGGAAAAGUCAUUAACACACUCUGCGGACAAACUGCCCUAAUUAAACCUGAAGACAUAAAAGUGGGUGUUAAUGACUUUUCAAUAAUGGCUAGUUUUCGAAACGGAAAAGACAUGUUGUUCCUAGGACCCGCAGCAUAUAUAAAUCAUGAUUGCUCCCCAAAUACUAAAUGGGAGCUUCAGGGAGAAUGUUGGUACGCAAAAACAGUUAAAGCAAUUAAUGCUGGAGAAGAAAUAACGGCGAACUACGGUAAACAUUUUUUUGGUUUGAACAAUGAAAACUGUGAAUUAGAGAGUAUGGAUGAACAAAAACACGAAGACCAAACAACAGCUGCAGUCGAAUAUCCUGUGCCACAAGUAGAGAUUAUGGAUGAACAAGAACGUGAAGACCAAACAUCAGCUGCAGUCGAAUCUCCUGUGACACAAGCCAUAAGCGUCCUGGGCCAAAGACAGUUGAGUUACCUCGCAUAA